UUUACUCAUAAAAAUAGCUAAUUUUAUUUUUACAGACAACCGCAAAACAACGCAGACAAAGCCAAAAAAAAGAAUAAAUAAAGUGCUCUAGAAUAGCAACAAGGCGAUGACAAAAUCAACAAUUUUCCAAGCAAAUACGCGCGUGGGACUAACGCGUACUCUUAGUAUUUUCUUUUUCCAACGAGUCAUCUUGUUGCUGUUGUUCUUCAACUACAACUGUUUUGUUGUGUUUAGAAAAUUUAAAUACAUAUUUCAUGUACGUAUUUAUUUAAUUUUUAUUUUUAUUAUGUUUUCUAUUUCAACGUCUGAUUGUUAGUGUUUAAGGCUGAUUGGGCUGGACGGCUGACCGGCUGGCUGUGUGGAGGAGGCAUUGCGUCGCGUCGCGUCACGUCGCCUCGUUGUUAAGACUUAAGGCACUUGGUGAGAGUCUUUUUCGCCUGUUACUAAUGGCCUUAGAUGACGCCAAUCAAUUGACUUGUAGCAUUUUGAGAAUAUUAUAAGAAUUUGUCGGUGGGAAAGGCGUUUUGUAGUUUUGCGUUUUCAAUACCAACACAAUUUCUUAAGCGUGGCAAAUUGGGUGCAUAUUGUAAACAGAAAUAGUUGAGUUGGCGAAGAGUUGUUUAUUGGGGUGAAAAAUCGCGCUACGUUUCCAUACGACUGCCGCAUAUCUCAGAAGUGCUGAGGGCGAAAUUUUUGACUUUUGGAAGGAGAUUAUGUAAAGAAAAAUAUAAGCCCACACACAGGCGUCUUGUUUUACCUCGAAUGUCGCUGUUCCAAUCCAUUAACUACACACGCGGUUCACAUCGACGCGAUGCACGUUACCGGAUCAUACAAGGGCGUGUCUACAAUUUUCUAGAGCGGCCGCGUGGUUUCGUAGCCAUUUGCUAUCACAUUAUGGUAUUCUUUAUGGUUUUCACCUGUCUAGCCUUAAGCAUUUUCGCCACAAUCCCCGAGUUUGAGAGCGGGGCAUCAUUUUCGCUAUAUCGCAUGGAGGUGCUGGUGGUGCUUUGGCUCACACUGGAGUUCGCAGUGCGGUUAUGGUCGGCGGGUGUGCGCUCACGUUAUCAGGGCUUCUUGGGCCGCAUAAAGUUUAUGACUGGCACAUUUUGCGUCAUAGAUACUAUUACCAUCGCCGCUUCAGUGAUCGCUUUGGGGCAGGGUGCGCCACGGCGCGUUUUUGCUACCAGCACUUUGCGUGCACUGCGAUUCUUUCAGAUCUUACGAAUGCUGCGCAUCGAUCGACGCGGCGGUAGCUGGAAACUUUUGGGUAGUGUUGUCUAUGCGCACAGACAGGAACUACUCACCUCGGUUUAUAUCGGCUUUCUCGGCUUGACGUUCUCCGCCUUUCUGGUCUACUUAGUUGAACGGGAUGUGAAUGAGCAGUUUAGCAAUUUUGGCAAAGCUUUGUGGUGGGGUGUGAUAACAAUGUGCACUAUUGGCUAUGGUGACUCAGUGCCAAUCACCUGGCAGGGCAAAGUUAUCGGUUCCAUUGUUACUUUGCUGAGCUACUCGUUCUUUGCGCUGCCUGCGGGCAUUUUGGGUAGCGGUUUCGCUUUGAAAGUUCAACAGCAACAACGCCAGAAACAUAUGAUUAGCCGUUUCCAGCCAGCUGCCGGAUUGAUUCAAGCCGCCUGGCGCUACUAUGCGGCUGAUGAGAACUCCACAGCGGUAGCUACUUGGAAAAUCCAUGAAAUACCAAUACAGAUGCCAAGCCCGACUAGCUCCUUCAAAGUUCAAAGUCCAUUGAGACGUCUGCCUAGUCGCCGUCGCCGCAGCCAAACCAUACAUUAUCCAGCCGAUAUUUUGCAUAUUGAGUCAGCGAAGUCGGGACGUUAUCUCUCGGUAUUCAAUGACAAAUCUGUGGAGAGCACAGAUGAAGACUAUACGCCAAAAUGCAACACACUGCUGAAGAAACAUAAAAUUGCUAUCAGGUUUAUAAGAAUGCUGAAAUUCAUGGUCUCACGCCGAAAAUUCAAAGAAGCUCUAAAGCCCUACGAUGUGAAGGAUGUACUGGAGCAGUAUGCGGCUGGGCAUGCGGACCUAUUAAUGCGGGUGAAAAACAUACAUGCGAGAUUGGAUCUUAUAUUGGGCGGUAAGCGUGCGCCAAAAAUAAAAGAUGCCACUAAAAUUUGUUUGGCUUCCAGAGUGGUGAAGGUGGAGAGACAAGUCUGCAAUAUUGAAGACAAAUUAGAUCUCCUAAUCAGACAAUAUAUGGAGGAUCGCAAACGAAAAGAUAAUGAUAAUGCAGAGGAGUCAAGCUUGACACCGAUACUCGAAGCCGUCAAUGCGGAGUCGAUCAAUAAGAGGGAAAAGGAAAACAUUUCCGCUGCAGUAAAGGAGGCUAAGAAUGCGAAUAGAUCAAGUCUCCCAACAAUCGUCUAUCAGCCACACUUGCCGGCAAAUAUAAGUUAUCCACCACAUCGCGAUCUUAAGUUACCACCACCGCAACAGCGGCCCGAUAGUGCAAUAAUAUUUUUAGAUGGCAUGGGCAAAGCAAAGGAGGGGCAUAGUUACGAUGAGGAGGAUGAAUACAGUGAAGGUAUCUAUGCUUCGGUGGAAGCGUAUUUGGGUUGGACGUGAAGUGGAAGUGAAAAGAGUGAUUAGUAAUCAAAAGUUGAGUGCCCUAAAGUAGGCUUAGUAGUAAUAUGAAUAUAUGUUUGUAAGUUUCUGUGUUAUAAAAUAAAAAUAAAUACAUUCUUAUUAAAUGUUU